GUCCAUCGAACGAACAGGCUUUGCUUCACCAAUACAUGGACUUUGUAUCGGAUACUAACGCAGUCCUCUCAGCAGUCAGCGCAGCAGUCCUGAGUUUGGCCAAUUUCCGCAGCCAAUCUAUUAAAGAAAUCGCCGACCACGACCUUUUCACUCCGAACAGUGACCUUUAUGAUUCUGUUUGGUGUGACCAGGAUAAGAUUAUUUCACUGAUUGAAAAUGUUAAUCGGUUAUUUGCUAAUUGGAAAGACGAUAUUAAGAAGACAGUAAAGCAAACUCUGACUACCUUAAAAGAGGCGGAAGCUGAAUUUGCGCAUGCUUCUCCUAACGAGAAGUCCCGAUUUUGUUACUUAUACGGCAAGGCACUCAACGCACUCCCACAAGAUCUCAUGGACGAGGCAGAGGAAGAAAAGGGAAAUGGUUGGACUUCUCAAGCAAUUCAGUGGCUGACACGCGCUCUGAAAUUUAACCCUCAAUGUGCCGAUGCCUGGUGUGAACUGGGUGAAAGCUGUUGGCGUCAAGGCAACGCUGAUGAGGCUGUUCGGCAUUUCAGACAGACUCUGAAGCUUGUGCCUAACCACGUGGAUGCUUUGUGUGAAUUAUCUAUGGCACUGCGGCAGAUCCCUGCAUCUGAGACUAAUUCAACCGGGUCUGUUGAAUCCGAUGAAAGUCCAUUGAGUGAAUCCGUGCGACUGGCUCAUGAGGCUGUUCGCCAUGAGCCAACCAACGGGCGCGCUUGGACUGUGCUUGGCAAUGCACUCUUGACCAUGUUCUUUGAAAGCUUCGCACCAGUCACGCCUCCACCCAUGAGCUCACGCACAGCAGCCAAGCACAGAAAUGAUGAGCCAUCAGCGACGACCACCCAGAGUGCGUCUCAAUUAAUCAUGUCCCGUUGCAUAGCUGCCUACGCUCUGGCUAUAAAAGACAAAUCGGCAGUGUUGGAACAAAGUUUGCAUUACAAUCGAGGAGUUGCUUGGCAUUAUCAGGACAAAUUCGCCGAUAGCCUGAGAUCUUGGCUGCGGGCCAUGUGCUUGGAUCCUGAAUGGUCGGCUCCCCGGAUAAAUGCCGUGCGUCUGACCCAAUUUCUUAUACAUGCCUACCAUGCUGUAGAACAGAUAAAAAGCAAGUCUCUCGAUGAUCAAGAUACAACUGAUUCCACUCAGUCACGAGAAAUGGGCAAGUCGACACGGGUCGCAGUGGCGUCCACCGGCAUGCCGCACUUGCCUGAUUUAGUCACUCCAUUGUUGCCUUGUCUAUCGUUAUUGAACGACGGGAAUCAGUCAACCUGCACCGACGACUCGUCUUCAUCUGAGACGAAACGCUUGAACAACAAUCAGUGUUCAUCCAUUUCACUGCUUUUGGGCCCUUAUUUUACAUCGCUCAAGUGCGAUCUCGCGGCUGGUCUCUCAGGCGCUUCUUUGAAGAAAAACAAGGCAAACCGAUCGAAACAUUUUAAAUACCUUCAGAAUGCACAAGUACCUGGCUCAUCACACUUGCAGUUCUCUUUGUUCAACGACCUGAAAAUUGGCUCAAACAGAGAUAAACUUUGUGUCGGACGUGUUGUGUGCCGUUUGCCAUCCGACACCGAAUUGGCCUUGAACCUGCUAUUGGUCGAUGCUCACUCUACACCGUUGUCUGUUCGGCUAUAUAACAUCGGCAAGGAUCUUGGACCGGAUCGCAAAGAUAUUUUGGCCAUCCCGCAUCCAUUUAUGGAGCAAUGUGACGUAAAACUGUGCCUUCUACGCGCUGUGCUCAUGGCCACCUCUUCGUUCGGUGAAAAAGACCCUCAAGUAGACACAUUACUGGACAAACUGGAUGGCCUGAAGGCGUCAGCAGAUGACCAACUUUCCUUUCGAGUUUUACGCAUUCCUAUCCCAGAUGUCCUCGUGGUCAAUGGUCAACCGGUCGGUGCAAGCUGGACUGCUGCACCUGUACUGAAGAACAUUUUCUUCACCGCUGUGUGAUCUGAAACCGACGCAGUCUCUUAUCUCGCACACUGUUUCCUAAGACGACGACACCUACCGCCACAUAGCGAUCUUCAGUCGGGCACCGUGUUUGGAAGGAAUCCUGCCCAUUACCCAAAUUCCACCUCGAACACGCUUCCACUGCAGUUCCCAAUGAUGCCUCUGGUGGUGUACAUUGCAACGAAUACAUGUGUUGACCUAACCGUUGUUUUGCCAUACUGGGUCGUUAAUUACGAAACAUUUCUGUAGUCAGCGAGAGAACAUCG